UUGUUUAUUCGCUGUGUGCGGCGUGCGAUGGCAACGUGUUCCCGUCUUAAAAGCACCUUUAAACUACCGCAAAACUAAUCCGGACGGAAGCGAAGCCGUGGAUUUUUGCAGUUAGAGGAGGACAACAAUCGCCACCGUCACCGAAAAGGUGCCACUUUUGUACGGACUACAAAAUCUUAUCAAGAGGAGAAAGUUCGGCAACAUUUAAAAAAAAAAACGAGUGAGCUUCUUCAUAUGGACUUGACAAGCCUCCGUAGAAGAGACAGGAGUUUGGGAAGCUCCACCAAAGGAGUCAUUUUUUUGAGGUGGGAGGCUUGAAGACCCCCCCUCCUCCCUUUCCUUCGUCUCUUCUUCUCCAGCAAAAGCAAAUCAGGAGCUAAUUGAUUAAAGAGGCUUCAUUUGAAUAGGAGGGGGGCUGGCGAGGUGCCAAUCGCCUUUCAAAGAAGCCCCCCCUCCCUCUUCUCCCAUCUUCAUCCUCCUCCAUCAUCACCCCUCCCUCCCUGUAUGAUUAAUCGCAAGGCAUUAUUGAUAAUCAUAACGUGGCACAUGCGCGUUGGAUGGCUUCGAUGUGCGUAAAAAUUUGAGGCCCCCCACUCAUUUUUUUUGGUUUACUUGCUUCCUCCUCUUCCUCUUCUUCUUCUUCUUCUUCCUCGCUCGCCCAUGUGCCAGCCAGCAUGUCGCGGAGGAAACAAGCCAAGCCGCAACACUUCCAGUCCGACCCUCAGCUGCCCGGAGCCGGCCACAAUGGGGACAACACAGAACUUUGCUCCGAGGACCCCCACUGCAAGGAGUCCGACGCCCAUGUCUGCAGCAGAUGUUGCGCCGAGUUCUUUGAACUAUCGGACCUGGAGGAGCACCAGAAGAAUUGCACUAAGAAUCAGUUAGUUCUGAUCGUGAAUGAAAAUCCGGCUUCCCCCGCCGGAACAUUCUCGCCGGGGUCUCCUCCUCAUAACGCCGAUGACCAGAUGAAUGACGCGGCUAAUAACACUGAUCAAACGGAGUGCGGCGACCUUCUAGAGCCCGGCGCUAUGGAAAAAGAGGAAUCCAUGGAUGUGGAUGUUUCCGGAAUGAGCAGCGGUCACGAAGAGGAAAGCAGCCAAACGGAGAGCGGCAGCCCCGGCAACACAAUAAGCGGCCUCAGCGGUCGCGCCACCUCCGGUCCUGCAGUCGGUACUUCGGCUAUUUCUGCUCCUCUUCCUCAACUCACAAACCUUGCCGAGCUGGGGAACUUCUCCAUGAUCAACAGUAAUGUCAUUAUUGAAAACCUGCAGAGCACCAAAGUGGCCGUGGCUCAGUUCUCCCAAGAGGCACGCACCUCCGGGGGGCCCAGGGUAGCGGUGCCCGCCCUCAUGGAGCAGCUCCUAGCCCUGCAGCAGCAGCAGAUCCACCAGUUACAGCUCAUAGAGCAGAUCCGUCACCAGAUAUUACGCUUGGCUUCCCAAUCCCCAGAAAUGCAGGUGCCCCCGACCUCGGCUCCAGGCACAAUGGGGCCCACCGCCAGCCCGCUGGCCACCCUCAGCUCCCAUCUCUCCCAACAGCUGGCUGCAGCCGCAGGCCUAGCGCAGAACCUGGCGAGUCAGUCGGCCAGCAUUAGCAGCCUAAAGCAGCUCGCCGCUGCAGCACAGCUACCUCAGUCCAACCAGAGCAGCAGUGAGACAUCUCAGAGCAUUAGCACCCUGGGGCCAUCAACCGUCAAUGCCCAGCCCCCUGAGAAGAGACCCGGUCACAUGACUAACUCCACUCUAGCAAAGUCAUCCACGCCAGCUUUUGCGAUUGGUAGCUUGUUAAGCUCGGCGGUGAAUCCCCUUCUACCUCAGCCCCCGCCCGGAAACCCCAUGUUCUCCAGCUCACUGCCAAGCGUCGGCACCACCGUGGAGGACCUGAACUCGUUAGCAUCUCUGGCGCAGCAGAGGAAAAGCAAGCCGCCCAACGUGGCGUCAUUCGAAAGCAAGAGCAGCUCGGAAGAAGCUUUCUUCAAGCAUAAGUGCAGGUUCUGCGGCAAAGUGUUUGGUAGCGACAGUGCCUUGCAAAUCCACCUGCGCUCUCACACCGGCGAGAGACCGUACAAGUGUAACAUCUGCGGGAACCGCUUCUCCACUCGCGGUAACCUGAAGGUACACUUCCAGCGUCAUAAAGAAAAAUACCCGCACAUCCAGAUGAACCCUUACCCUGUUCCGGAGCAUUUAGACAACAUCCCGACCAGCACCGGUAUUCCCUACGGCAUGUCCAUGCCACCCGAGAAGCCGGUCACCAGCUGGCUGGAUAGCAAACCGGUUUUGCCGACUCUGACUUCCUCUGUUGGGAUGCUGCUGCCGCCAACCAUGCCCAGCGUGCCGCACUUCAUCAAAAAGGAAGAUCACUCAAUAGCCAUAACUAACCUUCCUGUUCCGACUACAAAAGGUGACUCGGGUUCUUCUGAGCCUCUAGCUAAAAACAACGGAGCAUCCGAAGAGGGCGAAGGUGCAACUCUGCCUACCUCAAAUGGGAAAACCGACGAAGGCAGCCAUUCCACGGGUUUCGUGACGAGUGUGACCUCGGUCUCGGAGAGCACCGCAGAGUACACAACGUCCAACAGCCCACCCAUGAUGACCAACCCACUCAUGCCUUUGAUGUCUGAAUUCAAGGCGAAAUUCCCCUUUGGGGGCAUUUUGGAUCCCCUACAGGGGUCUGAAACCUCCAAGCUGCAGCAGCUCGUAGAGAACAUCGACAGGAAGGUGACAGACCCCAACGAAUGCGUCAUCUGCCAUCGGGUCCUGAGCUGUCAGAGUGCGCUAAAGAUGCACUAUCGAACCCACACGGGGGAGAGACCAUUUAAAUGUAAAAUCUGCGGCAGGGCGUUUACCACUAAGGGAAACCUAAAGACCCACUACAGCGUCCAUCGGGCCAUGCCCCCCCUGCGAGUCCAGCACUCAUGCCCUAUUUGUCAAAAGAAGUUCACAAAUGCUGUAGUCCUUCAGCAGCAUAUCCGCAUGCACAUGGGCGGACAGAUCCCGAACAACCCUUUGCCGGACAAUUACCCGGAAUCCAUGGUGUCGGAUACAGGCUCAUUUGAUGAGCGAAACUUUGAUGAUCUUGACAACUUUUCUGAUGACAACAUGGAAGGCAUGGAGGAGGGACCGGAUAGCAGCGUUCCAGACACACCCAAGUCGGUGGACGCUUCCCAAGACAGCCUGUGUAACUCCCCGGUUGCUUUGGACAUGCAGGAAGUACAAGAAAAUAUCCACGGGAAUGACAUGGAGGAGCUGCGAGUCGGCCAAAUCAAGGCUAAUGGCUUAGCGGAAGGGGAUUGCCUCACCAAUGACUCCUCGUCUCUUGGAGGGGAUGUUGAAAGCCAAAGCGCUGGAAGCCCAGCUGUGUCCGAAUCUACCUCCUCCGUGCAGGCGCCGUCCCCCACUAGCAUGCAGCCGCAACCUCGCAAAUCCCCCAGCCUGGAAGAAAGGCAUCAGAGGGCACUGGAGCACGGCAGUGUCUUACACCCUCACCCUUCCAACAUCGGAGCCCUAGACCUGACAUCCGUGAAUCCCUCAAAAGACCCCCUGGGAAUGAUAUUCCCGUUCCGGGAGCGUAGCACCGCCAAGAACACAUCCUGUGACAUAUGUGGGAAGACCUUUGCAUGUCAGAGUGCCUUGGACAUUCACUAUCGAAGCCAUACCAAAGAGCGACCAUUCAUUUGCACGGCCUGUAACAGGGGGUUCUCCACCAAGGGGAACCUCAAGCAGCACAUGCUCACCCACCAGAUGCGAGACCUGCCCUCACAGCUCUUCGAACCCUCCAACACCAGCCUGUCCUCCAGUCCCACACCCUCCCUUUUAUCCGUGGGAUCCCUGGGAAAACCCGAGGUCAACGGCUUCCUGCACGGCCUCCACCCGGAGAGCAAGGACGGCCUGGUCACGUCGUCUGCCUCCACAUCCCCGGUGCUGUCGACCGCCCCGCCCCGCCGCACGCCCAAGCAGCACUUUUGCAACACAUGCGGAAAGUGCUUCUCCUCAUCCAGCGCCCUGCAGAUCCACGAACGGACGCACACCGGCGAGAAGCCCUUCGCCUGCAGCAUCUGCGGCCGCGCUUUCACCACCAAAGGAAACCUCAAGGUCCACAUGGGCACGCACAUGUGGAACAGCGCCCCAGCCAGACGGGGCCGCAGGCUCUCCGUGGACGGCCCCAUGGCCUUCCUGGGCACCAACCCCGUCAAGUUCCCUGAGAUCUUCCAGAAGGAUAUGUCCUCCAGGGCGGGCAGCGGCGACCCGGCGAGUUUCUGGAACCAAUACGCCGCAGCUUUCUCCAACGGCUUGGCGAUGAAGACAAAUGAGAUCUCGGUGAUUCAAAACGGAGGCCUGCCGCCCAUGUCGGGCGGCGUGGGUAACGGGGGCAGCUCCCCUAUCGGCGGCCUGACGGGCAGCUUGGAUAAACUGCACAGCGCAGAACCCAAUGCCGCUUUAGCGGGCAUGGAGAAGAUGGCAAACACUGAGAACGGCGGCCACUUCAGGUUCACGCGCUUCAUGGAGGACAAUAAAGAAAUCGUCACUAAUUAAAAUGACGAGAAAAAAACACAAAAAAUGUAUUUUUUUUUUGUUGUUUUUUUUUUUUGAAGACAAGUUGCUUCUUUUUGUUUUUUGUACAAUGUACAUGUUAUAGUUUCCAGGAGCUUAUUUAUUAGUGACUAUAACCGUGCUUGAGACGCAGUGGAAGCAUUAACAUUAAUUCUAAAAAAAAACAAACAAACAAAAGAAUGGGUACAGCGUGUGUGUGUGUGUGUGUGUGUGUGUGUGUGUGUGCUUCUUCUUCUUCUAAAGAUGUGUAGUACUAUGAGGUAGGCAUUAAGUUAUUUCCUCGUCCUGUAGUAGCUUAUAACCCUAUGAUGUCUUCUAUGUGAUGAUGCAUUGUAAAGAUGCUGUAAAUAAUGUACACUGAUUUUCUUCCAGAUGGUGUGUUCACUUCCCCCUCCUCUAUUAGACGUGCUCCAUUCGCUUACAUUUUAUUUAAGGACAACAAAACAUGGACCAUUUAGUGUUUCUUGAUACUUUUUUUUUUUUCGUUGUUGUUGUUGUUGUUGUUUACUUCCAUACUCUCUCCCACCCAUCCCUCGGAUUUUCUUUCUUUUUUUUUAAUUUUAUUUUAUUUUUUUU